AUGGCGCAGCUCCAUGAUGGGGAGAAGCCCCACAAGUGCGAGGAGUGUGGGAAGAGCUUCAGGUGCAGCUCCAGCCUGAUCAGGCACCAGGUGAUCCACAGUGGGGAACGGCCCUACGAGUGUGGGGAAUGCAGGAAGAGCUUCAGACUUCGCACCAACCUGAUCUACCACCAAAAUAUCCACUCUGGGGAGAGGCCCUACGAGUGUUCCGGGUGUGGGAAGGGGUUUCGGAUCCGCUCCCAUCUUUUCUGGCACUAUCGGAUUCACACAGAGGAGAGGCCCUUCUGCUGCCCCGACUGCGGGAAGGGCUUCAGGCACAACUCCACCCUCGUCACCCACCGGCGCAUCCACACUGGGGAGAGGCCACCGGCCCCCCGGGAGGCGCUGGACCCCGCGGCUCUGCCCGCGAUCCUGCUGUUCGGGCCGGCUCCGCCAGCUCUGAUGGCUGCGCCUGUGCUGCAGUGUCCGGACCUAGAAGGAGACUCGGCCGCUGCGCCCAGCCCGGCGGGGGAUGCGCCCCCGCGGCCCGUGCCAGUCCCGCUGCUCCCUGCCAACCCAAUUGCAGUGAAAGAGCAUGCCAAGAAUGGUGCUGAGCCCAUGGGACCGUCUCAAGAGCCGACACCAGCGCCCGUGCUGCCCGCACCACCCACCCCAGUUGUCCCGCUGCCUUCCAGAGCUCUGACCUUCGCAUCAGACCCUGUGAACAAAUUUCCCAUCCCCAAACCACUGCCAGAUGGAGAAGAAGGCUGCGAGGAAGAGGAAGAUGUCCCAGGACCAUCAGACAAGAAGCUGAGGACGGAGACCAGACAGGAUGAAUCUCCACGGCAGAACCUCAUGGAAGAAGCUGUUUUGAAGGACUCCAUGGCACAGGAAUCGAACAGGGAGGUAAAGCCCAAGAGAUCCCACAGGAUGAGGGCCUGGAAACCCAGCCCAGGGUGCUCUGAGGAGGAAAGACCCACCCUGUGCCAGGAAGGUGGACAGAGCUUCAGCCAGGGCUUGGAGAUGGUGUUCCAUGAGCAGCUUCAUGAUGGGGAGAAGCCCCACAAGCGCUUGGAGUGUGGGAAGAGCUUCAGGCAGAGCAGCAAUCUUGUCCGCCACCAGAUGAUCCACACUGGGGAAUGGGCCUAUGAGUGUGGGGAGUGUGGGAAGGGCUUCAGCUACAGCUCAGAACUCGUCAGGCACCAACGCAUCCACACUGGGGAGAGGCCCUAUGAGUGUCCUGACUGUGGGAAGAGGUUUCACACCAGCUCCAAUCUCCUCCUGCAUGAGCGGAUUCACACGGAUGAGAGGCCCUUCCGCUGUCCUGACUGCGGGAAGGGCUUCAACCGCAACUCCCACCUGGUCACCCACCGGCAAAUCCACACUGGGGAGAGGCCCUAUGAGUGUCCCCAGUGUGGGAAGAGCUUCACCCAGAGCUCGCACUUGACGAGACACCAACGGAGGCAUCAGGGGGCUAAGCCCUACAAGUGCUUGGAGUGUGGGAAGAACUUCAGGCAGAGCAGCACCCUGAUCAGCCACCAGAUGAUCCACACUGGGGAAUGGGCCUACGAGUGUGGGGAAUGUGGGAGCUUCAGCUGCAGCUCAAAACUUGUCAGGCAUCAACGCAUCCACACUGGGGAGAGGCCCUACGAGUGUCCGGAGUGCCAGAAGAGGUUUCACACCAGCUCCAAUCUCCUCUGCCACCAGCGGAUUCACACGGAUGAGAGGCCCUUCCAGUGCUCUGACUGUGGGAAGAGCUUCAAGUACAACUCCUACCUCAUGAAGCACCAGCGCAUCCACACUGGGGAGAGGCCCUACGAGUGUCCCGAGUGUGGGAAGAGGUUUCACAUGAGCUCCAAUCUCCUCCAGCACCAGCGGAUUCACACAGAUGAGAGGCCCUUCCGCUGCUCUGACUGCGGGAAGGGCUUCAACCGCAACUCCCACCUCGUCACCCACCAGCGUAUCCAUACCAGGGAGAGGCCCUAUGAGUGUCCCCAGUGUGGGAAGAGCUUCAGACAGAGCUCUCAUUUGAGCAGACACCAACAC